AUGCCGGAUCUCCCCGCCUCUUCAUCUUGCUCUUCUUAUUUCUUAUUAUCUCAAAUACCCUCUCACACUACUCCUCUAUCACAUUGUCCCUCCUAUCAACCUAUAACAACAUCAACAACCAUGGCAAACCUCCCAACCUCCUUCAUCAUCACCCUCAACGGCACCCCCAUCGCCAAAAACAUCAACCCCGACGAAGAACAAAUUCACGCAGAGGCGGACCACAACAACCCAGCUGUUUUUACCUUCAGCAACGGUCUCCUCGAGUCCGAUGGCUGGUACCUUGGACGAUCUGUAAUCGAGGAUCGCAGCCUGCUUCCCAAGCGUGUACUCUGGCACAAGAAGGGAGGAGAGGUUGGCGAGGACUUGAUUCAAAAGACUACUAUUGAAGAUCAAGGUGGUAAUUUGGUCCUUACGAAUGGUGGUACGGUUCUGACAUUAAUCGAUGGACAGGUUUAUGGUGAUUUGAUACGGAGUAAGUGGUUUACCAUUUGCCCAUAUUGUGAUAUUGGAAUGAAGGUGCUGAUUCCUACUGAUUGCGUUUAUAGAAAACCCUGCUACUGUGGGUAUUCAAGCUGCCUAGGAUAUGAAUGGGUGGGUUCAUUAGGGAUAUUCUAUAUGACUAUUAUCUAG